AGUAGCCAUUUCUGUUGUGGUUACUUUUAACGAGUGCGUUGUUGAUCUCGUAGUCAAUAAAAAAAUAUAUAUAUAAAGAAAGAAGGAAAGGGUGAGGAUAUAUCCUCAUACAGCUGGCUAAUUUAUUUAGCUAGCCGUUUGUAUGAAUCAGUGAUUAUUGCUGAAGACAUACCAAAGAAUGGCUGAGCAAAGGAGCGGAUAUCGGCAGUUAGCCAAUGAGGAGGAGACCGAGACGCCUGAGGUGCCCCAGCAAGGAACUGAUGCUCCACCUCCUUACACCAGCGUUGCAGCCAACACGGCCUUCUUUGAUUACAAAGAUGAAGGGAAUUACCCCAAACCCCCUUCAUACAACGUCGCCACGUCUUUACCAUCAUACGACGAAGCCGAGAGGACCAAGGCGGAGUCCAGCGUUCCUCUGAUGCCUUCACGGGACGAGGAUUUCGUCGCCAGAGACGACUUUGAUGACGUCGACCAGCUGCGAGUCGGGAACGAUGGCAUAUUCAUGCUGACGUUUUUUAUGGCUUUCCUUUUCAACUGGAUUGGCUUCUUUUUGUCAUUUUGCCUGACCACUUCCGCGGCGGGACGCUACGGUGCAGUCUCUGGCUUCGGCCUCUCCCUGGUCAAGUGGGUCCUGAUUGUCAGGUUCUCGACGUAUUUCCCGGGCUACUUUGAUGGACAGUACUGGCUGUGGUGGGUCUUUCUGGUUGUAGGAUUCCUGCUGUUUAUCAGAGGUUUCGUUAAUUACUCUCGAGUGCGCAACAUGGCUGAUCAUUCCUUCCCAACUGUUUCUCGCACCAGAGUCCUUUUUAUCUACUGAAGAUUUUGUGUCUCAGGACAAUUACGAAAUUCAGCUUCGAAUCUUCAGAAAACGGUGACGAGCCGAAGCCGCUGCAACAAAACUGCAAAUAAAUGGGGAAAAAAAGAAGAAAAAAAAAAAGAAAUAAAUAUUUAGGUACAGUUAUGUAUAUUUACCAGGCUGUUGAUAGUCCUCUAAUCCUGUAUUUAUCUGUAACUAAUUUCCAGUGCAAUCAGUCAUGGCGACAUAAACGCAUCGUCUGUCUUUUACUGAAUUCCUGAAUAAUCAGCACACUGACGGUGAUCAGCCGUAUAAACCGCCACAGCUUUAGACAAUUCUUUGCCUUGCUAAAUAAAUAAAUAAACAAACAGUGCACCCAGUUAACAUCUUGAAUGAUGCCUGUUAAGUCCAUUUUACACCAGAUGGCAAGCUACAGUGUUUUCAAUUCAUACAAACGGAGGGGGGGGAGCAGAGCGUUCAUGUCUUUGGCGAUUUAAGCGUAGCAUGCAGAAAUCCGAAUUCAGUAUCAGGUUAGUAUAAGCAACUUGUAUAGCGUCUAAAUUUUGACAAUUUCACGCUUGUGUUUGAUAAAGUUUCUGAUUAUUCUGUGUCAUUUAAAAAAAAAAACCGUGUUAUGAUUUACGAGCCUGGACUGAACAAGACCGUAUGAAUGUUGUAUUUCGUAGUUGUAUUUUCUAUCUAGACACAGCCGCCCUUCACAAAUGGGUUGCAGGUGCACAAACCAGUUGCGCGUGCUUGACAGCGCUCGUCGGUUAACAUACAGUAGUUCAAGCCGCACAUAUGUGGCAUCUGGUGUAAAACAGGCUUCAGUCUUGUCAUUUAUAGAGUGCUGGGGACAUUUUUAGUUUACUUUGUAAGUAUUGUAACCCAAUUAUUUGUGAGUUAUAAAGUCUAGAUGUAUUCGGGACAGUGUAAUGUAAUAUAUAUCAGAUCUUCUUUUACACCUGCACUUUGAAGACGUAAGGAAGGUAAAGCAACACUCAGUUUCAAAGUUAGGAGCGUUAUUAAGUCAGCCAUACUCAAAUCAUCGAGUCUUGAUGAUUGAUUUAUCUAUUAGGCAUGACGACAUUUAUUUAAAAAAAAAAAAAAGGACUCGGUAUUGUGAUUAGGACCAAGGUUGUUUUUUGAUCAAAAGAAGCUUUUCAAUCAAGAUGCACACUGAUCUGUAAUGCAAUGCCACCUCAAAUUGUGCCUGUUUUCCUUCUGUGAUCUGUAUCAUGACAGAACAACGGUCAUUUAUAUCGCCAAAAGCAUCAGUAGAUAACCCACUGUCUUGUUGAUUUUUUUUUUCUUGUUCAGUUUCCGUGACAUGCAUGUUGAUGAACUAGUUCUGCACAGUGUGGUGUAAUGUGGUUUAUAUGUUUACACUUGUGCAAAAUAACUUUUAAUAAACAUUGCUUCUAUAGCGACA